GCACUCUGGUAGACCUCUAGGCAUGUAUCCUAGAUAAAAACACUCCAUCACUGAGACCAAAUGACUGGAUCAUCUCAAGAUACCACGAGUUCCGUUAUGGAUGUAGUUACAAAUAUGCCUGCACAAGCCAAAAAUAUUUUGUCAAACACAAAUUCUAAGAGGUCAACCCGAUGUGUGUUUGGCUGGUGACGACAUGGCGAAAUUUGGGGUUGCCUACCUCGAUGGUGAAACUCGCACACAAGGUGCUUUGGACCAAGCCGAGCAGUUUUGCUCUCAUAAGGAUUCCACGAUUGAUUGUAGAAAUUUGAGAAACGAUUGUAUUUCUGUUUUCAUUAUGCUCGCUGUAAGCUUGAUGCUACAUGAAAAGAGGUCUUCACUCAUUGUGAAUAGCUAGAAUUGGUGUAACAAGCCGAGCGGUGUUGUGAAGUGUCGGCUGGCUGUUAGUACUUCUCAAAUACUC